AUGCCAUUUACUCGAUCCAAUCAAGCCCCAAGGUUAGGCAUGGACGACGAUAGAUAUCUCAGUCAACAACUGAGUCCCCAAUCGCGCCAGAUGGAUCUCUUCUCCAAGUCCUCUGAUGCGAUGCCCGGAAAUUGGAAUUAUGACAGCACCCUCGAUCUCUUUUCGUUGACAUCGACCGAUAUGGAUCCUGUCUCUUUCGACUUCAAUGACGGAUUAGCCGAUGCGGACAAAGAUCUCUUCAUGGAUCCAUUCGGAACCCCAUCUUCAAUCAAUGGUUUUAUCAUGCCAAUCACCGACGACGCCGUCUCCCCAGCUUCAGACUUCAGCGACGACCAAUCAUGGUCCGGCCUCCGCCAAUCUUUCGACCUCUCUACCCCCGAACAAACCUCAUCAACAACAACCGAAACCCCCAAAAUCUCAACCCGGGCCUCUUCCAAAUCUUCAACAAGAUGGUCCUCCAGUCCCGAAAUCAAGCCCCAAGAAUCUCAAUCUCAAUCUUCCCAAGCGGGAAAAUCAACCCGCAAAACACGCAGCCUUUCUCAAGAAUCCAGCCACUCGGGCGAUCAACAAGGCCGGAAUGCCGCUAAACGAGCAGCCCAUAAUAUCAUCGAGAAGCGCUAUCGCACAAAUAUGAAUUCCAAGUUCUUGUCGCUGGAGAAAGCUAUCUCCCCCGCAAGCGUGCAUAAACAGUCUUCUCGUGUGGGUGCAGGAUCACUCAAAAAGUCAGAAAUACUCAGUAACGCACUUGCGUAUAUUGAGGCGAUUCAGACAGAGAACCAAUCCAUGCAUAAAGAGCUCUCGGUGUUGAAACAAAAUAUGCUUCCUAUGUGGCGACAGAAACAGUCACGAGGGUAG